CUUGUGUUGUGCUUUGUGUUAUUGUUUCUUGUUAGUGGAGCAACUGAGUCCGGGAGGAAAGCGCGUCGGAGUCGCUCAUGUUUUGUUGUUAUCUGACGCUUGGUGAGCACCGUAACCGAGAGAGACAACUCGUUUAGACCGUUUACUGAGAAGUGAGGGAUAUACAAAGGUGCAAAAUAGCCCGUCUUUCUUUUGUGUUGCCAUGGAAAAGGCUUGGCGGGUGGAGUUCAGGAACAUGGGCAGCAGUUACUUCCCUCAGAGCAGAGUGGAUUGCCACUACACACUUAGCUCACAGCACAGCUGGGCCAGCAAUGACUGGAUAGGGCUCUUCAAGGUUGGAUGGUCGUCAGUGAAGAACUACCACACAUUUGUCUGGGCACUGGCGCCGGCUGACUAUCAAGAGGGCACAGAUGUCAACUGUUGUGUGCACUUCCAGGCCUCCUACCUACCCAAGUCCAGCUCCCAAAAUUAUGAGUUUGUAUAUAUUGAUGCAAAGGGAGAAGUGUUCUCCCGCAGCUCCAACUUCACUUUCUGCACUCCGAAGCCAUUUGAGGAUCUGGUGACCGUUGAGGAGGAGCCCCAUGGAGAGGAAGGAGCCACAGACAUGUUGAUGGUAGUGCCUCGCUCUGAACUGCUGCAGGGUCGACUGCAGGAAUGUCUGCGAGAGCGCGCCGAGCUGCUGCAGGCGCAGGAGGCGGCAAACAGGCAGAAGGAGAAAGACCAGCAGGAGGACAAGAGGGCGAGGGAGGCCUGGGACCGAAGACGCAGAGGGCUGGAAAGCGAUAUCGUCAGGCUGCAGCGAGAGCUGAAGCACAGCCGAGAGAAGAUGGAGGAGAUGGAGAUGCAGCAGAAGGAAGAGCGGGCUUUUGGAGAAUUGCUAGCCCAGGAGAAAAGUGUUUUAUUGGAUACUAGCGAGGCGAGCACAUUGCGAAUCAAAGAGCUGGAGGAGGAUAUCAAAACCCUGACCCAGAGAACAGUGGAAAGAGAGACUGAGCUGGAAAGCUACAUCUGUGUGCACAGGAUAAAAGAAAGAGUACGGAGGGCAGGAACUCAGAGAAAAGAAGAGGAGAGUGACAGAAAGAGCAUGCAGACAAAGCUGGCGCAGACAGAAGGUGAACUCCGAAGUCUGUCUAAGGAGUUCCAGUUCUUGAGGAAUUCACUGGCCCAGAGAGACACAAGUGUCCUGCAGCUCCAAAACAGCAUCACCACCCUCACCCAGAAGCUCACCACUGCCCACAGGAAAGAGGUGGAGAACGAGGCCACACUGAAGGAGAUGCGGAGCCUGCGGGAGCGUCUGAACCUGAACGAGCGUGCUGCAGAUGGCUUGAAGAGUGAUCUAAGUGCCAUGGUGGCCCAGAGGGAUCACGGUCAGACAGACUUGCAUCAGGCUCGCCUGCAGGCAGCCCAACUCACCCUUCAGCUUGCAGAUUCUAGUCUGGCCAUGAGAGAGGGACGAGCCCGUUGGGCCCAGGAGAGGCAGAACCUGCAGCGCACUGCUGAGAAGGACCACGAGCGUCUUGAGAAACUCAACACAGAGAUGCAGAGGAUGGAAGAGAGGCUGCAGGAGGAGAGGAUGGAGAGAGUGAAGCUGGAGGUUGAGCUUGGUAGAGAAAAGGAUUGCAACCGGGUUCAGCUGAGUGAAACCCACAGGGAGCUCCAGGAGCUGAAGUCCAGCCUACGGGUUGGCCAAAAAGAGAAGGAGCAGUUCCUUGCAGAGAAACAGGAGUUAAUGGAGUACAUCUGUCAGCUGGAGCAGAAGAUGGGAACAGUGGGCAGUGCCAAGUGGAGCGCUGCCCCGAUUGCCUCUACAGAUCGGCCUGGCAGUGUGUUAUCUGACUCUGAGGACGAGAACCCAGAAGCUUUGCAGCCCCUCCGUCCACAAAGACCUCUGGGACACUACAGCCUGUGUGAGCUAGCCACCCCGCCUCCCUCCCCCAGGGAGGUGGAGAGGAGCACGGUGGUCAUUAACCAGCCAGCCCCGCUCUCCACGCCGCACCAGACCGACGCCGACACUUUGGCGCACAGCUCUGAUUCGGAGGAGGAAUCUGAUACACUUAAGUGCGGAGGACACAGCACUGGAGAGGAAACAGCACUUUUGCUGCCUGAACACAUCGCCACUGUUCACAGUGAUCUGGCCGACACCUCGCUAUGGUAACCGGCAGACAUCCAGCCAUGGCGAGCGAUCAAAAAGAAGAGAAGGGGUACUUUCUUGGUGUUAAUGUGGUUACCCAUUACUUCCACUAACAAGCACAUAUACAGCUCACUAUACGCAGACAAAAUGCUCAUAUGCAAUUUACAUCAUAUCUGCCGUGAACCCUGGUUUCCCCCUCUAACUGUUGUGUCAUUAUUGCUCCUGCUGUUUUGAUGUUAGGAAUGACAUAAUGCUUGUGGUGGCAGGUCGACACUGUUUAUGACUCACAUAAGACUUUUGCACAGUUUAAAACGGCGUUCUUUCGGACAUUGGGCUCGGGUGUUUUGAGAGUUUGCAGGCUGUAGCAGAAUUAUUUCUGUUGAAUCAUUGCAAUGCCGAGAGCUUAACGAGGGACAUUAUGUUGUUUUUAUGACAUGUGUGAUUAGGAUUCAUGACGGGCAUUGUAAUUAUGAUGUUUUGUGCAGGCCGAGCUCCACUGGAAAUCAUGGCAAAACUCUCUUCCAGCAUUACAUUUUCCACAGCAACUUUGAACACUCUUCACGGCAGCAUGAAGUAAUAAUGAUACAACAUCAUGCUUGAAUUAUAUUGCAGUAAUGUAGGUCUAUGACAUCAUAUUUCUCCUCCAUUUACUCACAAGUAAGAUUUGAUAUGCACUUUCUUGUCAGCAAGAGCACUUGAUUGUUUUCUUGCGGAUGCAGUUAAGAAGAUUUAGUGGCACAGAGACGCUCUCAGACGGACACGCGUUUGAAAUAGAAAGCGGAUUGAACAGAUUGUGUUUAAAGUCUAUUAAAUAGAUUCCAGAUGCAACUUUCUACUUCAGUACCUUCAUAAAAUCAUUAUUAUAAAAGUAAUGCUCAUAUGCUUUACACUAUAGAUCAGCUGCGGUUUUAACUUUUUAAUGAUCCUCAAUUUACUAGCUGGCCAUUCGGAUUUUGAGUGUUUGUUAAAGUUUGUAUUGUACAGAAAUCUCACAUUCACACAGUUAUACAUUUUCGCCUAAAAUAAUUAAAAAAGUGUCUAAGAAAAUCAUCUUUAUAGAUCCUGACACAAUAACAUGGUGUAGGGGUUUUCUCCGAGCCCUAUGGCAAUAUACUGCCUAAUAAAAAUUGCAGCCUACAUUUUAAUCAAUACUGUAUGCAUUUUUCAUGAUUUUCUAUUUAUAAUUAACUUGAGUUAUGCUGCAAUUAAACUAUAUUCAGGUUUAGUUUGAAAGAGGUUUUUUUUCACACAGCUGUCUGUGCAAUAUAUGACAAAAUGUUCCAUGCUUGGCUCAGAAAAAAUUGCUCGACACUUUGAUGCUUGAUUUUAUCUGCUGUAUUUAAACCCUAUUUUUUACUAUAUAAGAGUUUUUAGCUAAAAAAUAUAUAUAUGGAUACUUAGUAUGUCAGUUGUGUCUUUUUUCAUCAUUAUCUUAAUCAUUACCAUAGUGUAUUGUGUUUAUGUAUAUAUUUUAUCUACACUAUGUUUUUACCUUCUGCUUUCAAAUAUUCACUUUUACUCUAUUGAGAUUUGACAUGUGAGUUAUAAUGUUGGAAGGUGCUAAUGAAGGGGAAUGAUUCUGGCAUGUUGGAAUUGCUUUGAAUGUUAUUAUAUGAAACAGAAGGACCAGGAUUAUGAAAGUAUUCACCUCUCAUUGACUUUGUGUCACAGGCGGUUCUGUUGCAGUGCAGGUUGAUUCUCCUUGUCUGUGUUUGGAGGAGCCUGGUAUUCUAUCCCAUAAGAUAGCACACUACACUACAUGUAUUCUCUAUCGUCCUUGUUUGUGGUUGUAAUCUGACUUUAUGUCUUAGGGAUGUUGUUUUUUUGUUGUUCCACUGAGAUCUCCGGUUGCAAUAAAGCUCCAGUGGUUAUGGUUUGUUUGAAGUUUUGUGUGUGAAGGUUAUCCCAUAUGUACACUGCCGUGUAUUUUCCUAUCAGUCAUGUAACAGGGUUUGGGUGGGGUUCUGUGUAAUAAAAUGGUUUAUGUAUCCAUUA